CCUCGCUGUGUGGCCGAGCUAACGUGAACUGGCUCGGGUCGCUGACAGGAGUAGUAACGGCAGAAACACAGCAGCAUGGAGGAUGCCUGUCGCCUAAAGUCACCGCUGGGCUGAUGGAUUUGAGAAAUGUACGGACGACAGUGCCUUUAACACCGGGACACAUUUUCUGUCAAGACUCAGGUUUCCUGUUAAUAUUUCCUCGCCGCUGUUGACGAGAGUAACACUGGCGUUAGUGUGUUAGCAGUAAGCUAACAGCUAGCUUACGUUACUUAACCUGCUAUUCGGCUAACUUAGAAAACACCUCCCGAACAAGCCGCUAACAACUCGAAUUAACGCACCGAGGGCGAAAUAUCAAAGCGUCAGAAAUCUCCGUGCCGGUGUCAGAUUUACAAGCUCUCAGCCCCUGGUGUUGUUGCCCCCUUCCCCGGUGGUUGAAUUAAUGAGCGUGCUCGGUGCUUAGUCCUCGGGGAUGGGGAGUGGAGUCCAGGAACAACGGGCAUCACUCACGCAGGGAGAAGUGCUGCCGCUGGCUUCGUCCAGUCAAUCAGAAGUAAGCUAUGAGGGCCUGAAGCACACUCGGUCUGUCCUCAACUCGCUCUUCUCGGGGGCUUUAGCCGGAGCUGUGGCCAAGACAGCUGUCGCCCCUUUGGAUAGAACUAAAAUCAUCUUCCAAGUGUCUUCAGCACGAUUCUCUGCCAAGGAAGCUUACAGGUUGAUCUACCGCACCUACCUGAAGGAUGGCUUCUUCAGUUUGUGGCGGGGCAACUCUGCCACCAUGGUGCGAGUCAUCCCGUACGCUGCCAUCCAGUUCUGUGCACAUGAGCAGUACAAGGGGCUGCUGGGAGGAUACUAUGGCUUUCAGGGGAAAGCUCUACCGCCAUUACCAAGGUUACUGGCCGGGUCUAUGGCUGGCACCACAGCAGCCAUGCUCACCUACCCUCUUGACAUGGUGCGAGCAAGGAUGGCUGUAACGCCAAAGGAAAUGUACAGCAACAUUCUGCACGUGUUUGUGCGGAUUUCUCGAGAAGAGGGUCUGAAAACCUUGUAUCGAGGCUUUACUCCCACCAUACUGGGUGUCGUUCCCUACGCUGGUCUCAGCUUCUUUACCUACGAGACACUGAAGAAGCUGCACGCAGAGCAGAGUGGCCGCCUGCAGCCCUACUCAUAUGAACGUCUGGCUUUUGGAGCCUGCGCAGGUCUGAUUGGCCAGUCGGCAUCUUAUCCUCUGGAUGUGGUACGGCGGCGCAUGCAGACCGCAGGUGUCACAGGUCACACGUACGGCACCAUCCUGGGCACCAUGAAGGAGAUUGUGUCCGAGGAGGGGGUUAUCCGUGGACUCUACAAAGGUCUCAGUAUGAACUGGGUCAAAGGACCCAUUGCGGUGGGGAUCAGCUUCACCACGUUUGACCUUACUCAGAUUCUCCUGAGGAAGCUGCAUCAAAUGGGAUAUACAGCUCGAUAGUAGAGAUACAGAGAGAGGAAAACGGGGAUGGUGGCACGACAAGAUCCCCAUAAGCCCUCUGAAGUGAAACAAAGAGGGGCGAGUGAGAGAGUGAAGAAUGUGUAUUGCUGGAUAGAAGCAAAAGCACAGUGGCUCAGGAUGCGUGGGUAAUAUUAAGUUAUUCUCUCGCUUUGUCUGUGUGCAACAGAGGUAAGUCGGAUGGUACAGAGUACACCCUGUUGUCAUGUACAUCUAAGUGCAAUAUGAUCAAUGAAUUUAUGCUCAUGCACGUAAAUUGCAAUCCCUCUACCCCCCGUGAACCAGAGGGGUGUACUACAAAGUCAGAUUUAUGGGUUAGCGAGGAAUGUACCAAUUAAUUUCCCGAUCUGUCGCAGAUUCUCAGCUAAGCUAACGUGCUUUUUCUGCAAACCUGUGAAGCUAUACGAUAGCAAUCCCACUGAAUGAAGCUGCGCCGUUACAGUAAUGCAAACUGUAUUUAUUGCGUUGCCAUGGGAACUCUACAUGCAUUCAGCUGGUGAUGCAGAAAAUGCAAAGAUGUGUAUCUGUACUUGGUCCUGAUUUGCCAAGUCCAUCUUACACUGCUGGUGCUGCAGCUAAUACAACACUGAUUAGGAAAUUGGGUUGUCCGUUGGUAUUCAUCACACAACAUUAAUUUCACUUUGGUUUCACCAGAAGUGAUUUCUACAUAUCCUUUAUGAUAGGACAGACCAGACCUAAACACACUUCCUAGGUAUCACGUUUGAAUUAAUACAUUUCUUCAUAGCUCUCCAGUCACGUUUAUGCUCGCGUACAGUCUGAAGAAGACGACUUGCUUCGUGUUACACCCCUCAGUCCUCUAAAUGCAUUUAUCAGAUAGUUUAGAGGCUCUCACACACACACACACACACACAACACACACACAGGUCUCCCAGUUGCCGUGUGUCUGCUGAAAAAAAAGACACUGCAAUGCAGAUUUCACUCUUGGUUAUCUAAUUUUACAAAGCAUUUCAUUUAUUAAGAGUAAAGAAAACUAUGCCCCCUUGAGAUUUGUUUUCUUCAGAGCUUGUUUUUACAAAUUACACCAAAGGUUAUUAUGAUCUCAUAGCUGCAGAUUAUAUGAUGUUCGUAUGUUUUAGUGAGACUUUAGCAUUUCCCGUCGCAGAGAUUUAUAGCAGCUCCUAACUCCUAUCAGGUAGUUUUGCUUUUGUUUGAGUUGAAUAUAUUAAAACCUCUAUGAGUCCGGUAUCGUUAACAGACGCUCCUGAGGAUUGAAUUCACAACUUUAUUAGUAGUUUAGCCGUGACAGCAGACAGAUGAGCUAUAUUUUUUUUUUGGUCAGUGCCAACAGAUCUGAAGAGUGCCCAUAUUGUUUUAUGUUUGUUUUCACUGUAAUCAUAUCGUGGGCUUUAUGAAAGACUGAUUUGUUGUAUCAAUGCAGACUUCACUCUAGUUUAACCUCCUUUUGACAUGCAAGUAAAGCACAUCAAGCAGUUUGAUAAGUAGUUCUCCAAAAGUGAGAUCCUUUACUCUGAUUUGACAGAUUAGUAGGAACUCUGUCUUGUGGAAUCCAAAACAGCAGCCCUCACUGAACACUACCUGACGCUGGGUGAGAGGUGUCGCUUUAAAUACAUAGGGUGAUUUCAUUUUUUUUUUUCGCCAAGAAGUUGUUUUGGAUUGCAAUAUACUGAGAGGCAUAAUAUUGUCACCCUCAUGUGUAUGUCGCUUGUGUUGGACACACACACGGAGUACACACAAAUGUUGUCUUCCAUUUGCUGUCAGUGCGGCAGCUGCGUGCUCCGUCUUCAUAACCGCCAUUCAAGCCUGUAUUGUUUCCAAACUUCACAGACUGUGACAGGUUAUUGAAACACCUUUUUAAAACUCGCAGUGUACAGCUGUAGCAGUAUUUGCUGACAGACUAACUCGACUGGAUUUAUGCAAACGUGAAGGGAUCAUUCGAGUUCUGUUACCGGCAUAAUUUAGCGCCUUUUUUUUUUUUGUGGCAUUCUCAGUAUUUUUUUUUUUACCUCAACACAAAAUCAAAUGUUUGUCCAAUUGUCUCAUAUCAGUGUGUUACGUGGAGUGAUGGCAAAAAACGAACACAGGACUUGUGUGAGACAGAUUAACAUUUUGACAGUAUUGAUGCAGGCUUAAGAGUGUCAAUAGCUUCUAUACUUAGACCACACAUGCCGAGGCAGGAUGGCUGAGCCGAGCCAGCAGCUGAAUGCCGAGCCAAGUGGGGCAGAGGACACAAAGUGUCAUCUGUACCAGAGAAAAGCUUCGAAUGAGUAUCAACAGGUGAAAAUAAUAAUGAUUACAAAAAAUAUAUGAUUUGAAUUUUUAACUUUCAAUCAGGGCUGCACAAAUGAAUUUUUUUUAUUCGUGAUUAAAGUUAAGUUUCAGUGAAUAAUCACAAGAUAAAUCUGUUUAACAAGAUGCCAGAAGUCAGUUUUGAUGUUGACAAGUGUUGUCACCGGCAGACAACCUAAUAAAAUAAUGUUUUUUGAGAUAUUAUUGGGCAGAAAAAAGGGACUCUUGUGAAUCUCUAACAGUAAGUAGGUUAGUGUUUUCACUGUGUAAACCUGCAAUUGAGCGUCACAACUGGAAUCGAUGUUUAUCAACUAACCAACUGACUCAUCCAGUGACUGUUCCAGUAUUAAGGCUGAUGUCUUUUUUUCUUGCUAGUGCAGAUUUGACAGAGUUCCAGCACAGACAUCAAUUUCCUUUAAAUAUUGUUUUUUAAAAAAUCACAAACUGUUUCAGAUUUGAGCAAAAAACUAAAAAAAAGACAACACAUCUAAGCAAAAACAGCUUUCAGUGUUCACAGUGUGGUCAGUAUAAAAUAACAUUUCCAGCUUCAUCCAAUGGGUUUUACCACUGCAGCCCUUAUUGAUGAGCUGUCCUCCAACCUGCCUUCGUCUGACCUUCAUCCACGUCUUCUCCUUGUGCUCGUGGGUGUCGUGAUCGUUUUCAAACAGGAUAAAUGUAGCGUUCUGGUGAACACCGGAGCAGCAAACAGUAGAAUACCUUGAUGGUUUGCAGCAGAGCAGAGAGGCUGGCAGGUGAAUUGACAGGUGACGCUCUCGAGUUUGAUGUUUUGCGGCGCCCACGCAUCUGUUCUAUCAGCUGCAGGCAGAUGCAAGUUUCAGCUGGCUGUCUUUACCCCUUGCCUUAGGUAGCAGGAAGCAAACCUGGAUCAGUGACUGGUCUGCAACCAGCACAUCCUCUGUCUGCGAGAGAGCCGCUUGGUUGAAAGUACACAGGAACUAAAAGCUGAACGAAGGGUAGUCAGUGACUCUUAAGUGCCUAGCGAGGAAUAGUAACGUUUUUACUAUGACUGAGCUACUUCUACUGACCUUUUUUUCAAGGUUGCUUCCAUUUUUCUAGCCUUGCUUCAGUCUCGAGGUUACGACUUUUUAAGAGGCAGCACAGGGUUUCGAAGGUUUGGGGAUCGUUAGACUCAGUGACUGAAUGUAUCACUUCAGGUCCAGUUUUUUUGUAUGUGAAUUUUGUAAAACUUCAACUGCCUUGCAGAAUAUCGCUGUCUACGGUGACAAAUGUGAUUCUCGGUUCCCAAUCCAUUCCAACAAGUUUAGGACUAAUUCAAAGGAAUGUAGGAAGAAUUUAACAGCACAUUUACUGUUUCUUGUGCCCUGAUUUGAAUUGGAAGAACAUAACGAUAAUUGUGAAGUUAUUAUCUCGCUGUGAUCUAUCUUUAGAUUUAAAGGAGGUAGUGAAGCACACGUUGACGGGGAGAGUCUGUAGGAACUUGGGGAAAACUCCCAGACAAUCAUUAAAUGCCAAAAAUGUUGUAUGUUUUGUUAGUGACUAAUCUUUGAUAACAGUGGCUUAAUGAGAAGAAAUAGUGAAACACUACGACGACUACUACGGUGCAGGUUGUGAUUUUGUUUCCUCUUGUUAAAUCUAGUGUACCCGUUGGAACCCUCUUUGCGGGUGCGCGGACAUGCAGACAUCUACUGUAUUGGUGUGUUGCAGCAGAUCAUCUCGUAUGGUUCUAUUUCAGUGCAGCGUCUGUUUUGUAAAUCCCGGUGAUUCGUGCCAACUGAAUGUAAACGUACCUGCUAAUAACCACACCCACCCCGUGUCCAGUCUGUCGUGAUGAUGGUGUAUCUGUAGGAAAGUUCUGAAAUAUCAAAUUCUCAAAUAAAACUGGAUGUUGACAACAGA